GGGUGUGCUGACCCGGAGGCAGGGAGAAGACUGCUGCGUGUGAAACACAGGGCAGGCCCUCCUGGUGUAAAUCACCGUUGCCCCAGCGAGUCUCGUAGAUCUGUGCUUUUCCCAUGCCAGCUGCGGACCACCUCUCCGUGGCCGUUCUCUUGAGCACCGCGGCCUCAGUGGGAGGCUCUGUCCUGCCUCAUCCCAGCUUUGGUGAGUGUUAUCUGAGCUUCUGGUCCACGUGACGGUUAUAAAGGCCACUUCUAGAUAAGCAUUUGUUUGAACAGUCGCUGACCAGCCAGCCCACUUCUUCCCUGCUGUUAGUUUUCCCGUAAGCCAGUGGAGAUGGAGACUUCGUUUCUUGGCUGUUCGGUUGUGAGUGCUGGGGAGUGCCUGGCAAGAGAUGCCCCUUAUUCUCUGCGUGACUCGAGAAAUCACAGAAACGCUAUUGCUGCCCUUGAGUGGCAGAAUUAUGAAGGUCUCUGUGCAGAUAGGAGCUUGAAGGCUAUGGAUUUACAGCUCUAAAACUAGCAUCUCCCUCCUCUCACCCUUCUUCUUGUGGACUAACAGACUUCUCCUUGCAGCACCAAGCCAAUGCAUGAAAAAGCAGCUCCCCUGAAGAGCCCUGAGCCCAUGCAUGGCCGUGACAAGCUGGAGGCAUCUCACAAGGAGAAGAGUUUGGAUUCCCUUGAUGGCAGCCUCCACCUGAACGAAGCCCUGAAGGAUGAAGACAUCAAGAAAUGCCACCGGGAAGUGGCCGCUAGCAAGUACAACUCCCAGUACCACAAGCUGUUCAAGGACAUCCCGACGGAGGAGAGCGUGCUGAAAGUUUGCUCCUGCGCGCUCCAGAGGGAUAUCCUCAUCCAGGGAAGGCUUUACAUCUCCCCCAACUGGCUCUGCUUCUAUGCAAACCUCUUUGGGAAAGACAUCAAGGUUGUGAUCCCCGUGGUUUCCGUUCAGCUCAUAAAAAAGCACAAGACAGCCCGACUGCUGCCAAACGGGCUGGCUAUCACCACCAACGCCAGCAGAAAGUACAUUUUUGUGUCCCUGAUCUCCCGGGACAGCGUGUACGAUGUGCUGAGGAGAGUCUGCACACACCUACAGGUUUCAAGUAAGAAGAGUUUGAGCUUGAAAGAAUUUACAGAGGAACCCGAUGCGGUGUCACUGGAGGUGAUCGUCCCCGAGGGGAAGUGGAGGAAGGUCUCGCCUGCGUCGCUCUCGCUGUCUCUCCCGGAUGCGGACUACCAGUGCAUCCACCGGACGUCCGUCAGCAGCCUCAGCGCCAAGGAGAGCUCGUUCACCUCGGAGGAGCCCUUGGUCUCAGAAAGUGCAAUAAACACGGAGGAGGAGCUGGAUGGGGAGCAGAGCUGCGUGGCAGAGCUGAGACCCUCCGACUACCAACUCUUGAAGAUCUUCAUCGUGCUGAUCUGCCUCCUGGUUGUGUCGUCUUCGUACCUGGCGUUUCGCAUCUUCCGUCUGGAGCAGCAGCUCUGCUCUCUGAAUCGGGACUACCUCUCCCGUGGGCACAGGAGGUGACUGUUACCACCGAGCUCUGGCUCAGGACAGUCGGUGACAAGAGAGUAGCACUUUGUGUACAGAUCUCCUGCCCAGGCUCCCGGCGAACGCAGCCACAGUAUUUGGAGCGUCCGAACUGAGGAGUUGGGGUCCUUCUCUCCGUUCAGCCUCAGCAGAGCCCUGCGUCCUCCCGGCUGUGGGACCUGGCAGCGUCACGUCACAAGCUUUGUACUGCCUCCAAGCCGUGCCUCAGUGUUCGCAUCUUUGGGGCGUCCCACGCUGCUCAGGAGGGAGGCAAGUGCUGUGUCUUCCGGUCAGUAACCCCAGGCUUGACUCUUGCAUGUGGCCUGUCCUUCCCUCGGCCAGUAAAACUGGGACCAAAUACAGUCUGUUUUCCUACCAUCGCAGACUCCCGCUCCAGCAGGACUGCCCAUCUGGGUCACGGCCUCUGGUGCCAACUCCCCGUGCCACCGGAAACCUGUCGUCUUCCCGGGGUGCUGACACGCUGUAGCACUGGACGAUGGCCCAGCAGGCUGCUGCCCCAGUUGGAGGAAGUGGCUGGGCCUGCCCAUAGGACUUGCUGCUAAAACGGUUACUGUUUUUUAAUCCCCAACUUGAGUUUUCUUGUUAAAAGAUGACCUUAGACUUACUGUAAGCCCCUGUAAACAAGUGGAUGAGCUCCUGGUUGCAAAGGACGCAAGCUGGCUGGGCCUGUUCCUCCCCAGACAUGUUCCCACACUAAUGUAGUUCUCAUUGGGACCAGUUCCUCCCGCGCCGCAGGCCGGUCCCGUCGCCCUCCAGCACAGAGCUCGUGCCCCGUGUCUGGGAGGUGCUCCGCAUCGGAUGUCAGUGUUAAAGCCCAGAAAGCGUCUCCACCGCAGAGGUGGCAUCUCCAGGGAGGUGUAAGGUUUGAGCAGCCCUGAAGCUGCUGCAGCUGAACCUGCGCCGAACUGGAUUGUUCAUCGCUCCCCCCCUCGCAGCUCGAGAGAGGCGGGAACGUGGGGAGCGGGCACCGCUAACGGUGGCCCUUGACGCCGGGCCCGCCGCUUCCCUGCGGGGCGCCUCCAGAGCAGGGAGCGUGCCACCCUGCGAGCCUGCCCUC